GGCCACUGUGGAAGGUGGGCGGGCGUUACAGACGUCCUGUGAUUGGCCGACUGCCUACCCCGCCCAGGCGGCCGUCACCGCGUCGAUGCGUUUGGUGUUGGGGACAACAGGGCUGAGGCUGUUACAAAAGCAACCGCAAUUCUACGUUUGGCCAGAACUGGUCCCCGAAGCAUUUGUUUGAAUCUCACCUGUCCUCUCCAAGUGAGGCAUCUGUCAAAGUCCAGGAGUUGGAGGAUGAGGCUUGUCCAGUUCCUGACUGUUGGCGAUCCAUGUGGAAUGAGAGUGGGCGUGCAGCAGAAGGAAGCAGGAAAAGUAAUUGACCUGAAUUUAUUCGACAGCUCCCUUCCCAGAACUAUGAAGGAGUUUCUGGAAAAGGGAGACAUUGCCAUGGAAACUGCAAGAAGAGCCCUGGAUUGUGGAAACAAUGCACUUUGUCACUCUGCAAUAGAGCUUUUGUCACCGGUAACAAACCCUGACAAAGUAGUGUGUGUUGGGAUGAACUAUAUGGAUCAUUGUUUGGAACAGAAUGUGGCAAUCCCAAAGGAGCCAGUGAUAUUUAGCAAGUUUGGUAGCUCUAUAGUGGGACCCUACAGUGACAUCAUCCACCCGACCGACAGUAAUGAAGUGGACUGGGAGGUAGAGCUGGCAUUUGUCAUUGGGAAGAAAGGAAAGCACAUUAAGAAAGAAGCAGCAAUGGAGCAUGUGGCUGGUUUCAUGGUUGCAAAUGAUGUCAGUGCACGAGACUGGCAGAUGAAGCGGAAUGGCAAACAGUGGCUACUGGGUAAAACAUUUGACACGUUUUGUCCACUGGGUCCAGCCAUUGUCACCCGGGAUGCUCUCUCAGACCCGCAUAACCUGGGGAUACGCUGCAGGGUUAACGGACAGAUUAUGCAAGACAGCAACACCAGUCAACUUGUCUUUAAAACAGAGCAACUCGUUGCUUGGGUGUCACAGUUUGUGACUCUGUCCCCAGGGGACGUCUUCCUAACUGGAACACCGUCUGGAGUUGGCGUAUUCAGGAAACCACCCAAGUUCCUCAAACGUGGAGACAUUGUGGAAUGUGAAAUAGAUGAAAUCGGAACUCUAAGGAACGUUAUUAAUUAGGUCCUUGCUGUCUUCAGAUUGGAUUCCCUAAAGGCUGAUUUAUGUGACAAGAUGGAACAAUCUUGUAUGGAAAGAGGCCAGAACGUGGGAGGAAGUUGAGAUGUGUAACUCGAGCUCGAGCUCUUGUCAGAGAUCCAGCAAUCUGACUGGAUUAUUAAAGUGAAACAUGCACUUUCACAAGCAAUGAAACAUGUUAAAUGAUGUGAUUUGAAAGAUUAAUGUAGCAUGGUAAAUGACAUGAUCACCUUGUUUAUAUCAUUGUAAUUGCUGUGCCACUAUGUACACACAGCUUUCAUCAAUGAACUUCCUAAUUCACAUCUGGUUUCAUUCUUAAUAUAAAAACUCCCAUUAUUCAUUCCAACAUUCGCGCAAAUGUAAAUGGAAGCAGGUGCAAUGAAACUUCCUCAUAUGAUUAAAAAUAUAUAUUCUGCACACAAAGAUAGGUGAUGUUGUGGAUAGUGAGGAAGGUUGUCUAAGACCCUGCAACAUAUAGAUCAGGUGAGAAGUUAGCAGAGUAAUGGCAGGUGGAGUGUAGUCCCAACAAACGUGAGGCGAUGUGUUUUGGGAAGUCAUAUCAGGGUGGGGCAUACUCAUAAAUGAUCGACUACUAAGGGAUGUUAAUGAACAGAAACCAAGGGAUCCAAGUCCACUGUUCCCUGUGGCUACACUGGUCAAUAGUGGUGGAGAAGGCAAAUAGCAUACUUGGCUUAAUAGGUCAAGGCCCAGUGUAAAACCCUGUGACUAUGAUGUUCCUGCUAUAGAAGAUGGUGCCUCAAUAACAAAUAUUUUGAAAGAAAGUAAAACUAAGCCCCUUUCUGCCAUGGAGAUGACCACGGCACGACCUAGCUGAAGGUUUCCUCUGGUGCUCCAGUUUCUUCCCACAUCCCAAAGACCUACAGGUGUGUAGGUUAAUGUUAGUUUAGAGAUAUAGCGCAGAACAGGCCCUUCGGCCCACCAGGUUUGUACCAACAUGUGGUCCCCGCAAAGUAACACCAUCUUACACACACUCAGGACAAUUUACCUUUAUACCAAGCCAAUUAACCUACAAACAUGUGCGGGGGGAAAAAACAAAGAGCUCGACGAAAACCCACGCAGGUCACGGGGAGAACGUACAAACUCUGUACUGACAGCACCCGUAGUCAGGAUCGAACCUGGGUCCCUGGCGCUGUGAGGCAGCAACUCUAACGCUACACCACCGUGCCACAUUGGUAGUUAGCCUCUAUAAAAUUGUCCCUGGUGUGUACGGAAUUAAUUAGAAAGUGGGAUAACAAACAACUCGUAUGAACGGGUGAUUUAUGAUCGACAUUGACCAAAGGGCCUGUUUCCAGGCUGUGUCU